AUGUCAGAUAAGGUACCAGCUAAUACUCUAGAACUGAGUCACGAACAGAAACUAGAGAAUAUUCAGAAGAAAAUAGAUGAACUCAACAAAAUGAAGUAUGUCCUACAAAAUGCUAAAGAGAAUAAACAAAGUGAAUCUUAUCCCAGAGUGUUUUCUGAGAAUAUAGACUAUCUAAAAAGGGAAAGAGGAAAGAAAAAGCGGUCAUUAUCAACAAAAAAACGCAAUGAACGGAAGCGAAAAAUAGUGCGUGAUUUAGAUAAGAACACAACAGAAGCAAGAAAGAAACAUAUCAAAAACCUCUCAGAUUACAAAAUGACACGCGAUCAGAGAAAUGUUCUGUUAUCCCCACACCAGUGACAAACACAGGUCACAACUAUUAAAAGAUUUCAACGCUUUCGCUAGACGAAUGCGUCUACAAUAUAUCUUUCAUGGAAAAGAUAAAGAGCAACACCCCUUUCAUGUAAAGUCAGACUGGGAGCCACCAGUUCAGCCAUCAGUCGCACUAGAAACAUACCUAGAAGAGGUUACAUUACAACUUGCUAAUAUAAAUACAAUCACGCCUAGAAACAAUCUGCCCAAGAGGGAACAACUUGCCAUCAAACAACUGAAACAAAACCCGGACAUCAACAUUAAACGAGCAGAUAAAGGCUCUUCUAUUGUUGUUCUCAACAAAGAAGACAAAAUAAAAGAAGGUCAAAUACAAUUAGAUGACAGAGAAAACUACAAACCCUUAGAAACACCAAUGGUAGUAGAAACCUCUAAAAGGGUCAAGAAAUUGAUAGAUAAGCUUUACAAAGAGAAACAUAUAGACGAGAUGACAAGACGAUGGCUAUCCCUCACGCCAAAUUCCACCUCGAAUACCACUACACUCUCACAAAGAUUCACAAACCAACACCAGUUGGAAGACCGAUCAUAUCGGGCUGCGAAGGCCCGACGGAAAGAAUCUCAUCAUUUGUUGAUAGUCUCCUCCAACCAAUUGCUAAAUCGCAAAAAUCGUAUCUUAAAGAUACGACAGACUUUAUCAACUUCAUAGAGAAAACCAGGGUCGUAGUAAGUGCUAUUUUAGUCUCUAUGGAUGUAACUAGCCUAUACACAAACAUCCCACAGGAGGAAGGAAUUACCAUUAUAUGCAAAGCAUACGAAACAUUCUAUCAAAACAAACCUCCAAUACCCAGCCAAUACCUCGCAGAUAUGCUCAGAGUAAUCCUAAGGGAGAAUUCUUUCCAAUUUGUUGGAAAAAAACUACCUCCAAGUGCAAGGUACAGCUAUGGGAACAAAAAUGGCAGUUGCAUUUGCUAACAUUUUUAUGUCUGCAAUAGAGACAAAAAUUAUUAACAAAAGUCCGCACAAACCAUUAGUAUGGAAGAGAUUUAUCGAUGACAUAUUCUCAUUGUGGAAUGUAGACAAAGAAGAAAUAUACUCAUUCAUCGAACUAGCAAAUAACCACCAUCCGACCAUAAAAUUUACUGCUGAAGUUUCAGAAACAGAAACCGCCUUUCUGGAUACAUGUAUUUAA